GGAGAGAGGUGGAGCUGGUCAACUCAAGUCAGUGACGACGCUGGCUGGUGGUGACGCUCUAGUCGACCUAACUUACCAACCUACCUUACUACCUUACUACCUUACACACUCCACUCCUUGUUUCCCUCGAUCUAAUCUUACAUUUCCCACUUCUCCCACGUCCACCGCUCAAUUUCCAUGUUCCCACCUUGUCGUCUCCCCUCUUUAAUCUGCUUCCCUUCUUCCAAUUCGGCCUGCAUGCUCCGUUAAGAGGCUACUAGACAGCUCUUUCUUUGGGCUUUCCUCGUCUCCAUUUUGUCCUAUUGCUAUUGUUAUGAUUACACGACCCUCUUGUUGAAUAAUGUUUCAUUGUUGAAUUACAGACGACAUGCUGCCCUCUCAAUCUAAUGGCUCUCCCAAACGAGUCAACCCUUUCAGUCGCGCUACGCCAUCACCUUCUUCCUCUCCCAGCCAGCAGGCAAGAGGGCUGCGCCCCAAGUCUGCUGUCGUUGCAUCGCCCAGUAAAUUCCAAGAGACACGAGGGCAUUUCCGAAACGCUUCGUCAGUCUCGCAAGCAUCUACUUCUUUAGUUCCUCGACCGGGAAUUCGCCAGAGAUCGGGCUCACUCAGGAAUGAUGCCGCGUCUGGAACCUUUGCGCCGGAGUUCAUAAAGACGGAAGAGCUCCGGCGCGGAGCCGAUCAGAUCCGGGGUCUGGAAGGCGACAAUGACUUCUCUGGGAACAAAUAUGUCUGGCUACGUGACCCUGAGAAGGCAUUCGUACGUGGACUGGUGCUGGAGGAAGGUGAAAGUGGUCGGCUGCUCGUUCAGACCGACGAUGGAGAGCAACGAGAGGUCGAGGUCGACCAAGUGGACAAGGUCAACCCGGCGAAGUUCGACAAGGCCGAUGAUAUGGCCGAAUUGACGCAUCUAAACGAGGCCUCGGUGGUUCACAACCUGCAUACCCGAUACCAAGCCGAUCUCAUCUAUACAUAUUCGGGCCUGUUCCUUGUCACCAUCAAUCCAUACUGUCCUCUGCCAAUUUACUCCAACGAAUAUGUCAAGAUGUACAAGGGACGAAAUCGGGAUGAAAACCGCCCCCACAUAUUUGCUAUGGCGGACGAGGCGUUCCGCAAUUUGGUGGAGGAAGGAGAGAACCAGAGCAUCCUGGUCACAGGAGAGUCAGGCGCAGGUAAGACCGAAAACACUAAGAAGGUUAUCCAAUAUCUUGCAGCCGUUGCGACUACGGAUACACCCUACGCUCGGUCGGGAAACAACCACUUGUCGGCAUUGUCACAGCAAAUUCUUCGCGCGAAUCCGAUUCUCGAAGCAUUUGGUAACGCGCAAACUGUUCGGAACAACAACUCCUCCCGUUUCGGCAAAUUCAUCAGGAUUGAGUUCUCCCGAGCUGGCCAGAUAUCAGGCGCGUCCAUCAAUUGGUACCUCCUUGAGAAGUCUCGUGUUGUGAAACCAAAUGCAAACGAGAGAAACUACCACAUCUUUUACCAGCUUUUGAAAGGUGCAGACCAGAAGUUAAAAGAGACUUUGCUCUUGUCGGACUUGCAGAUCCAAGAUUUCGCGUACACCAGAGAUGGUAACGAGACGAUUGCAGGGGUCUCUGAUGAGGAGGAGUGGAACCUAUUAGUCGAAGCGUUCCACGUGAUGAACUUUUCAGAUGAAGAUCAGAUGUGCAUCUUGCGCACGAUCGCUGCUGUUCUUCACCUGGGAAACGUAACAAUUGUGAAGUAUAGAAAGAGCGUGUCAUUUGCUUGGCAUCGCACCAGAGCCUUUUGUCAAAGGGUUGCUACAUCCGAGAGUUAAGGCGGGGCGUGAGUGGGUGGAGAAGGUCCAAACUCCGGAGCAGGUCCGGCUUGCUCUCGAUGCCCUGGCCAAGGGUAUCUACGAGCGUGGCUUUGGCAACCUUGUUGACCGCAUUAACGGCCAACUCGACCGUAGC